UCUACUUUCGCCCGCCUUCUCUCUCUGCAGAUUGUUGACGAGAAAGAAUUUUCUUUUGUUCAGGCGUUUUUCGGCGCCAAAAAACAGUAGUAGAAUUAUGGCACAUAAAAGACUUGUAUGGGUCGAUUUAGAGGUAAGAUUUUGCUUCUUGUUAGUGUGUUUAUUGUAUUUGGUCAUGUGUUGUACCUCCCUGAGGGAGGCUCGUCAUUAAAAACCUUUGAAUUCCGACACAUGUAAGCAAAGACUUUCUAAAAGUCCUUUAUUUUUUUCUGAUUGGUUAUCCAUUUUAAAGGACUUUUCAUACUUGUUAGGCGCAAAAUUCACAGGUUAAAAAUUCUACCGUUGACUUCAUAACAGUUGACCAAUAGGACAUUGUGUGAUAUUUCAUGCCUCUCCUGACACAGCAUAUGUCAAUCAUUUUUUUUCCCGCAUGAAUUUAUAUUAUUAUAUGAUUCAAAUCCAUUCAGCUGAAACAAGUCAACCUCGAGACUUUGUUGCUUGCUUGGUCGCUGCGCGACCCCAUACAUUGAAGCUUGCUUCACUCACUAUUUAAGAUCUUAGGAGAGGUUGACUUCUACCAUGUCUAAUGUAAGCUAGGUGGUCCUGAAUUGUUCUACAGCUUUAUAUGGAUCACUAAUUUAUAUCUAUACACUAAAUGUAGGCUACCCAAAAGUUGAUUUUUAAUGCAAAUUCCAGAACUCAUUUCCAUUUUGCUUUUAAUGUUAAUUUUAUUAUCCCAACAUGUCAAAGAAACAAAGGCCCAAAUUUAAAAGACAAACAUGAUAAUAACAACCCAAAAAUCAAACAACUAAGGUGUUAAUUUUACUACAGCAACUGGGAUACGGACCUCUUUCACUAUAACGACACAUUAAUACAGUGGGACCUGUUAAUAUGGUCACCAACUGGUCCAAACAAUUUGGCUGUAUUAAUGGGGUGGCUGUAUUAGCUGGCAGGGUCAAAUUUCAUGACUUAAGGGUGGUAAUGAAAAAUACAUGCACACCGUACAGCGCAUUCGUACUUCUGGAACGAAUAUUCCCUGUAAAAAACAACCGGAAUGUAGAUAUUACAUACAGCUAUUGUAAAAACUACUUUAAACUUUUCCUUCCUUUCCUUGGAAAUUGGUUAUUACACUGCCAAAAACACAUUUUCAGUGUAUUGUAGUCUAAAAGCAAUAAAAAGACAGGCUUAGAGUAUAGCUUACUGGGUCAGUGAAGUUAACAUGACAUAGGCGUAAUAUUUUUAAUUUUCCAAUUUGAAUGGGUGUUUGAUUAAUGGGGUGAAAUUGUAAAAGAUCCUACCAUUAGGGCUUUUAAAAUGUGGCCGUUGGCUGUAUUAAUGGGUGACCGCUUUAACAAGGGAUUUUCAUAAGAAAAUGUAUGACUGUUUUGCCAGGCCAAGAAAUAGUGACCGUUAUAACAAAGUGACCGCAUUACCAAGGUGGCCAUAAGGUGGGGUUCCACUGUAUAUUCUUCUAUGUGUAUGCUAUGCCUUUUUGACCUCAUUAGCAGGUGCAAAACGCCAAAGAAUAAAGGUAACAAUGUUUGUCCAUAAAAUUCCCUUAGGUUUAAAAAGUGAACUAUUUACAUGGCAAAAAGUAUAUGUUUAAAAAAAAAUCCAAUGUUUUUAAGACUACAAGGUCUUGUUUGAAAGUAACAAGAAUUAUUGUUACAUUCAAACAAGACCAGAAAGGGCCAUUUACAUACCGUAAAAUUCUGAAAAUAAGCCCCGGGGCUUACAUUUUUCAAAGACCCAUUUUGAGGGGCUUAUUUUUGGAGGGGCUUAUAUUCGGAGGGGCUUAACUACAGAGGGAAAUUUGCGUUUCCAAAUCGACUCGGCUAGCCUUAUAGUUGGAGGUAAAUUUACCAUUUUUGCUUUAUUUUACUUAGUAUUUGGGGGCAAUUUUCCAAGUACAAGCCCCCGAGGGACUUAUAUUUGGGGGGACGGUUUAACGGAGGGGUUUUUGCGUUACCAGUUUGGGGGGCUUAUAUUUGGAGGGGCCUAUAUAUGGAAGGGCUUAUUUUCGGAAUUUUACGGUAACUGUAUAAAAGAAUAAAUAAAUGGGCCACUACAAUGAAAAAGGUCUUUUUAGGUCUGGUAUUGUGGACCUCAUGGUUCCCGUAUUCCUCUCCCUUUCUUGACCGAGAAAGACAACAUUUGUCCUGAUAUUUGAUUUACAAAUUAAGAGAAAAGCCUUAUUCAUUUAAAUUCUUUAUUAAUAACCACACUUUUUUUAUUUUGCAUUUUGCGUUUCUUCGUUCUGGUGUUAAUGUUGUGGAUAAAUCUAAAAAGAUGACAGGUAAGUUACAGCUGUAUGUAUUUACUAACUGAAAUUAGAAGUCAUAUUAAUGUUUACCACAAAUCCUAGAUAUUAAGUCUCCCUUUCAAAUAAGCCCCCUCUCUCUAAUAAGCUUCCCGUCCCCCUUUUCAGUGGAAGAAAGUUAAUAAGCUCCCUCCCCUCCCCCUUAUUAUUCUUCACUAAUAAAUGAUAGACUGUAUUAGUCAAUCACAACUGUAAAAACUUUGUGUGGAUUGAUCUGGGAUGGUUUAUUCACCGUCUGGAAGUUCAGAUUUGUUUUUGAUCCUUGACUUCAUCCAACUUCUUGUACUUGAGCUUUUCGACUCUGUAUAUUUAUAGUUCUUUAUAGAGAACUGAUACCAUUGUCUUUGCGAAAUUAAAUAAGCCCCUCCACCCCCCUCAAAAACCUCCUGUCUCUAUUUAGCCCCCAUGUCAAUUGUGUUUGAAAUAAAUAUGGGGGGCUUACGACAGGAUUUACGGUAUUUGCAAUGGCAGCGAAAUGGAAAGGAACAUUCAUGACAAAAAUUACCAUUUUGAAUGACUGGACUGUACAGUUUUGAAGUGAACGUCCAAACUUUCCCCUUCAUAAUACCAGAUGAAAGUAUAAUCCUCUUCAGCAUGUCUUAAAUUUUUAAGUUUGACAUGACUGAUACAUUACAGGUAGUCUGUAUCACAUAAAAAGAUAUGAUUGUGCACAAGUCAUUCAUUAUGAUAAAAUGAUCCUUCUUGUUUGAAAAAUGCACAACUCUCUUGAAUGAAAGUGAUUUCUCAAAGAUGCAUUUUUCAAAGGGCAAUCAGACAAUAAGCUUCUAAUGUUCUCCACUUUCACUGCAGCUCAUUCAGAGUAUUAUUUCUAAAGAUGUUUGGUUUUGCGCGACAAUUUCUGUGAUAAUUGUUUUUUUAUGUUGAUCCUCUAAAUCUACAGGCCUUGAUAUUGAAACAUGUCACAUUAUUGAGAUGGCAUGCCUUAUAACAGAUGAAAACUUGAACAUUGUGGCAGAGGUAAGCAGAUACACGUAUUAUUAUUAAAUUUACGUGUUAAAUAUUGUUUGUCAUCAGAAGAAUAGGCUUGUUUUAUUCUGACAGAUAGUUGAAGUUGAUUCUUCGAUAAGCUGAUUUAAAUGCUGUGUGUGACUACAAUCACAGACAAAAUUAGUUGAGACACUUUGCCCUAAAGGGUCUGACCUCUAAUGUUUUGCCAACUUAAAAAAAUGCAAAAAAAAGCUUUCCUUCCCCCACUGCCCCUCUAUAUGCAUACAACAUUUUUCCACUGAUUGAGCUGCUACUGUGUACCUGUAAAAAAACAACAAACACCCCCAACUUUGAAUGGAGGAAGGAGGGGAGGGGUGUGGAUUGUUUUGUUCUCUGAAGUCAUGGCAGCGCAGCGCAGCACAGGGUUGCAACAUUGUUUCAACAUGGUUUCAAAUGGUUACCACAUUGCUCAAACAUUGCAAUGCUAUGUUGCACUAAAAAUCAAAUUGUCCCGUGUAACAUCAUCUUUAAAGGCACCACCUCAUUUUGGUGGGUACUCCAUAUAUAUUUCCUUAAUCAUGCGGUUUGUAUUUUAAGGGUCCUGAUCUGGUGAUUCAUCAGCCUGAUUCUGCACUGGAGGCCAUGGAUGACUGGUGCACUAAACAACAUGGAGAGGUAUUAAUACACCCAAAAAUCAGUAAGAUAACCUUUCUGUACAUGUUUAAGUAACUAAAUUUAAAAUCAAAAUAGAUUGAAGCUUAGAUCAUGGAUUCAUUGUAGGAUUGUUGCCUGAAAAUCCUUUGUCAGCAAAAAAAAAAUGGUUGUUUAAACUUAGAAACUGUGCUCCCUUUAUUUAAAACUACAAGGAAUGCACAGACAAGAUUUUUCCCAGUCUUAAACUACCACCCUCAUGUAAAAGUGCUUUUAAGUAGCAGGCAAAUUUCACUACAACACACUUCUUAUUGAUGCUAGACAUGCUGUAAUACAAAUUUGAUUCAUACUAUAAAACUGAUGAGGAAUGCUUUUCUAAUGCAAGUUGAAGUGAGAUUGUAUGUGGCAUCCCUGCAAAUUUUGCAGGAAAAAGGGUUUCAUGAUCACCAACGCGACAAAGCUGGAGAGCCCAGAAUUUAGACUGAUGGAACAUACUUCCUCAACUUUGACUUUUAGUAUUUCUGAUAUAUUUUGGAAAAGUUUUAUAAGAUGAUAUACCCCAGACCCCUAUGUCAACACCCUUUGAGUGUGAUGGAAGAAGGGGACAAUUCAGGUCGUGCCCUCACUUCCCCUGCCCACCCCUCUCUUACACCCUACAAGGCAACAGGCUUCCCAAGGAUAACAGUUAUGCAAAGUCAGAGACCUCCCAGGCAAAACAUUUUCAUAGAUCUAAAUAUGUUAUUUAUUUUUUGCUCACCAAGUCUGGUUUAACAGCUGCAGUUAAAGCUUCCAAAAUCAACCUAUCAAAAGCAGAAGACACUUUUCUGGAUUUUAUAAAGACGCACACCUCUGCUAAAGAGUGUCCCCUGGCUGGAAACAGUGUGCAUGCUGAUAAAAAGUUCUUGGAUAAGUACAUGCCUCGAUUUAUGAAUCACCUUCAUUACAGAAUUGUGGAUGUUAGCUCAAUUAAAGAACUGUGCAGGUAAGUGAGGGGCCUAGCAAGUUUUGUUAACAAUUUGACCUGAAAUCAGGUCGAAUUUCAGGAACACUCUUGCAAUCUUAAUUUUACCAAGUUAAAUGAUCAUAGAGCAUGGCAAGUUUCUCUUGGAAUUGUCUACAGAAAAUGUGUCACAUUAUUCCUUAACUAGGGGCUGUGCUAAAAAGUUUGAAAAGCGACAGGCUUUAGUUAGCAGACUUUCUAGUUUAGGGACGGACCAUUAAAAAAGUUAUUAGGGGGGUGGUUGGAGGAUUUUCGACCAAAUUUUUUUCUGAUAAUAUUUUCCUCGUAUAAAUUUUUUUUAGGCCAGUGCAGGAAUAUUUUUUAGGGCUACUCAGCGUGCAUGAAAUUUUUUUAUAAGAUUUUCCCUUGAACGAAUAUGUUUUUUUGACUUUCUUGUUCUUUACCUACCUCCCACCAUAACUUUUCUGAUGGUCCGCAAAUACGUUUCUGAGCAACGCACGUCAACCGAAAGUGGACCUUUUAAAAAAAUUCUUGGGGGAUGGUUUUGGCCAGAUUUUUCGCAAAGUCGUCCCUAUAAGAAUAAAGACUCUAACCAAUACAAAUCAGGUAACGUCAAAGCUUAUCAUAAGAGAAAAGGCCUCACUUCCGCUUGACGUGGGUCAGUCAUAAGUGCCUCUGCUUAAGCUCCCUUAUUUUGACGGUAGAGCGUGCGUACGGAAAUGAAAAUCGUGGGCGAUUUAUUGACUGCUUGCACAGGGGUGGAGGGGGUGGUUGUGGGUUUUCUUUUUCUUGCGUCCCGCGCUCUCCAAACCCGUCUGGAAAAAAAAGUAAAUGCCUGUGAACAGGCUAAGGUAACACUUGGCCAAGGGCAAAAUUACCAAAGCAAAUGACUCGACAAUGGCUUUUGUUAGAGAAGUUGCUCAUGGGGUGUGAAAAAGAAAAUAAAAGGAAACCGAAAAUAAAGCAGUCACAACAGAGAACACAUUGUUAAUCUAAUCAAGAGUGCAGAUUCACAUGUUGAAAAAAAUUCAAUUCGUUCUAUUCACUCGAUUCAUGUAAUCAAAGCUUUAAAUGAUCGCUUUUAGGGGUCAAAAAAAGGUUGGGCCACACCCAGAUUGGUCUCCUUUAGGCGUUUAAUUCAAAAUUUCCGACGAGCAUCCCCGCCCCUUUCAUAAUGGGAGUUCCCCCCUCCCCCCGGGGUCGAAAGCGCAAAUGAGCAACGAAACAGCGAGAAGAUUUUUUGGUCGGAAAAAGCUUCCCCGCUCUUUCCCACGCUCGCCAAACAAAACGGCCAGCAACGUGGGGUAAGAAAAGUUGACAAAGAUUUCUCCUUCGCAUUACUUUAGGAGAUGGUAUCCCGAGGUCUAUGAAGAGUUACCAUCAAAGAAAGGCCAACACAGGUAUGCAAAUUAUGUAUGCAUUAGUGUACAUUAUUACGAUUUCAUGGCAAAAUACACUCAGUAUCGCUGUUCAAUGUCAUUGUGGAUAAACAACUGGGGAUGACUACUCUGAGAAACAGCCGACUUUUCUCGACGGCAUCAGUGGUUUCCCCGCGAAAUGAUGGGCGCUUUCCAUUCAUCCAAAACUUUCGAAAAUUUAGAAACAGCGGCAAAUGGUACAGAAAUGUCUCCGAAAAGUUUUCGGAAAUUCCGGAAACUGUUGAAUUUCCGAAAUGCGAACCGUUCAACCGAAAAUUCCAGAAAUCCCGGAAGCAAAGUUGAGUGGAAAGCAAACUCCCGUUGAAAAUUUUAGUAUACCUUGCGAGGUUGUCCUCUUUUGUGAAAAUUUUGGAGAAUGCUUUGCCACUCACAUCUGGAAGUUGCUGAAAAUUUAAAGCGGACGUUUUGGUUGAACGGAAAGCGCCCGACGUCUGAGAAACGAGCACAGUAAUUGCCGUGCAUUCUGAUGACGUGUCACUGUCCAGAUCUGAAUAGCCGUGAUUGGUUGAAGCAAAAUUUUAACCAAUCAGAAGGACGGAAACUCGCUCUCUUCCUCCUUAUUUUUUACCCGCCCACUGACUUCGCGCCACACCCUACUAUCUGAACGCCUGGAAAAGUCUAAUUUAUGGGUUUUAUUGGAACCGGUUUGUUAUCUCUGUAAGAAUUAUGGAUAAGGAUUACGCAAAAGUGCAGACGCUCAUAUUUCGUGCUUGGGCAACUUGUGGUUGAAGCAAAGGGCCUUACUUCAAAUCAAUUGAUGGGAUGCGCAUUUUUUUUACGGACAGAUGAUGCUUACCAUUUUUCAGGGCACUAGAGGACAUUAAGGAAAGCAUCAGUGAACUUCAGUUUUACAAGCAGACGAUAUUCAAGUAAACUGGGACAAAAGCAAGU